ACUGCUUUCUCCACUCUUAGCUAUUUAAUUAAGAAGAGCCCGCCCGGGCGCUUGGCCCUAUCCUUUUGUUCACUGCGGCCGCUGUUAGCUGGCUGGUCGGCAGCCCGGGACUGGGCAAGAGUUGUGUAGGGCGGGGUGGGAAUAAGGAAUAAGCCUCGGAGCAAUGGGACGAGAUGCAACCUGCGGAAGCCCCGGCCAGCAGCGCGGAUGCUACGGCUCCUACUAGGCUGCCCUCAGUCCAUGGCAGAGGGCUGCUGAUAAAAAAUUCCCGAGAAAGUGCACCGAGGCUAGGUUUCAGAAAGCUAGAGAGAAAUAGAAAGUUUAUGUGUGUUUGAGUGUGUGUGUGUGUUGUGUGCACGCAUCUCCCCUCCCCCGCCGUGCCGGGCCGGCGGGGGGGCGGAAAAUCAGCCGCGCCCCCUCCAUCAUCCCUCUUCCCACCCUUCCCCCAGAUGUGCUGAGAGGCACCAGGAGGGAGGAGGGAGGACGAGGAGGAGGAGGAGGAGGAAAAGCAGGAGGACCCGGCUUCUGGCUUGUGUUUUCUGACUUUCCCCAUCCUACCACCCAUGGAGGCUGCUGGGUGCGCGGCGAAAGCGGCCAAGGUCGGGGCAGGAAAUGGGGGCAGCGAAGGGAAUCCUCCUCCUCCUCCCCCUCCCCCUCCCCCUCCUCCGGCUCCUCCGGGGUCCUCGGGGUCGGGGGAUUCGGAGCCCGCCCAUUCCUCGAGCCCCGCGGUGGGCCCGGGCUCUCCAGCUCCUUCGCCCGAGCUUCCAGCUUACAAGCUUCAGGACUUCGAUACUCUGGCUACCGUGGGCACAGGUACCUUUGGGCGAGUUCACCUAGUCAAAGAAAGAACAGCCAAGCAUUAUUUUGCAUUGAAGGUAAUGAGCAUUCCGGAUGUCAUUCGGCUAAAGCAAGAGCAGCACGUACACAAUGAAAAGUCAGUUCUGAAAGAAGUCAGUCAUCCAUUUCUGAUCAGAUUAUACUGGACCUAUCAUGAUGAAAGAUUUUUAUACAUGUUAAUGGAAUAUGUUCCUGGAGGAGAACUUUUCAGCUACUUGAGAAACAUGGGACGGUUCAAUAACAGCACAGGACUAUUUUAUUCUGCAGAGAUUAUCUGUGCAAUAGAAUAUCUGCACUCCAAAGAAAUAGUUUACAGAGAUCUAAAACCUGAAAAUAUAUUGUUAGAUAAAGAAGGUCAUAUCAAGCUCACAGAUUUUGGAUUUGCUAAAAAGCUAGUAGACAGGACAUGGACACUCUGUGGGACACCAGAAUACCUUGCUCCUGAAGUCAUACAAAGUAAAGGUCAUGGAAGAGCAGUAGAUUGGUGGGCUUUGGGGAUUCUGAUCUUUGAGAUGCUCUCUGGGUUUCCUCCAUUUUUUGAUGACAACCCAUUUGGCAUCUAUCAAAAAAUUCUUGCAGGCAAAAUAGAUUUCCCUAGGCAUUUGGAUCUCUAUGUAAAAGACCUUAUUAAGAAACUUCUUGUUGUAGACAGGACAAGACGACUGGGGAACAUGAAGAAUGGAGCAGAUGAUGUGAAAAAGCACCGGUGGUUCAGGUCUGUGGACUGGGAUGCUGUACCCCAGAGAAAACUAAAGCCUCCUAUAGUGCCGAAGGUAUCCAAUGAUGGUGAUACAUCUAAUUUUGAAGCUUAUCCUGAAGAUGACUGGAACAAGAUGCCACCUGUGCCUCCUAAAGACUUAGAAAUCUUUAAGAAUUUCUGAGUACAGGGAACCACAUAUGGAAAGGAAUUGUGAAAGUAAUUCUGAAACAAUUUGCCUUUCCAUGUUACUUCUUUGAAAAAAGGAGCUCAAAGAUUAGCAAAUGAUUGGAAAACUAACAAAAAUUCUUUAUAUUUGUGCCAUUAAAUGUCAGAAACUGGAAGAAGAUUUGGAGUGGUCUGAGCACAUUUGAGAAAAAGAACUGGGCACCUGCCAACAUGAAGAAAUUCCUUCACAUGGAUGAGGAAGUUUCCACGUUCAUAUAUGCACAUAUUUAUAUAAAAUGAAUUUGUAGGGCUGGCUAAGUUUAAUUUUAACUGUAUAAAUCUGGCAUUAGUUUAACAGCUGUUACUACAGAAAGUCUACUCUUCAAUAGAUUAUUUUAUUAAAUUGGUUUGUUUAAGUAUUAAUCCUUUAUCUUAGAGUUACUUUUCUGCUAUGCCAGAACCAUUUUUUCUUUUCCUUAAUCUCAUAGACUUAACUUUAUAAGUUUAUACUAAACUUGUGACAUUGUAAGCACAAAUUAGUAUUUAUGUAUAUAAAGAAAACAAAAUCACCUAAGCACAGGGAUUGUGCAAAGAUGUAAAUGUUUGUACUUUGCAGAGUCUAUGAUUUUUAUUUUUUCAGAUUUUUUUUUCAAAAGUCUCUUUCUGGAGAGAUACAACUCUUAAAAGAUAAAUAAGUUUUUCAUUAUCUUAAACAUUUUAUAGUUCUUUGUAAAAAAGAAGAAAUUAUGUUAAGAUUUGUAACUGAAAUGUCUAGUGCUUUAUGUCUGUAACUAUAGUACUUGAAAGCCAGAGGAAAGGGGAGGAGGUUACAGGUUUCAUCUUUAUUUCAUGAAAGCCCUAUUGAUUCAUGAGUGUUCAGGAAACAAAAUGUCUUGGAAAUAUUUCAUAUACUAUUAUGCUCAAUGGUGCCCUGCUGUGUACUGGGACUUCUACUUAUUUAAAGUUGAAGUUUAAAUCUGGCACAUAAUAUAGUGCCCAAGACCUUGGCCUCUAUUGUUUUUGGCCACAAGAUUUUUUUCCCCUUUAAUUUAGGGAGAAGAGAAGAACUGCACAACUGACAGGAUGUAAAUGUCCAAUGUACCAUGUAAAUUACACAGAGAUCACACUUCUAUUCAAUUAUGCACAAAUUGCUGCCUGUUCCUCUUUCAAAGAUCACUUGGGUUUUGUUUUGUUUUUUUUUUUGUUUUGUUUUUGUAUUAUUAGGGGGCAGAUCUGAGCUCCUAGGCAUCACAAUGAUGUGAAUAAAUAAAAAAAGUUUUCCUUUUUUGAAUGUGUAUUUUAUGGUAGCCAGAUGUUAAGGUGAUACUUAGGGCAGAACUGCAAAAUAUGGACUGAAACAGGCAUUCAUCCCAGGAAGAAGGAGCUUGCAGAUUUUCUGGGAAAUAGCAUGUGGACCUCUGCUUAUAGUUCAUUUGACUUUAAAGCAUUCCCACUUCCUCCUACACUCUUCUUCCCUCUCUUACUGCUCUAGAAUUUCCUGGAAGUCUCAAAAGACUUGAAAUACCCCCCCCCCAAACCCCCAUCAAAGAAGUAAAAAAUAAAUCUAGUUUGCAAAAAAUCAUGUUACUAAUCUGACAGCAGUUUUGUAGUCUAAUUAUGUCUCUAAGAAAUAAUCCCAACAAGCCUUCCCAUGAAGAAUCAAUCAGUGCUAAGGAUGUUUUAUAUACAUAUAUGUAUAAUAUAUAUAUAAACACAUACAAAUAUACAUAUAUACACACAAAUAUGCUCUGUGUAUGUGGACACAUAAACACUUAACACAACAUUUAAAUUAAAUAUGAGCAUGCAUUAAUCGGAGUCAAGUAGCAAAACAGAGUAAUUACUCAUGUGAAUAAGUUCUAUAUAGUCAGCUAGAUCCAGGAAGUGAGCAGGCUACUCUCUGAGUAACAAUUGCAUUAUUGUUUUUUCCCCUAAGCCACCAAAUGUUUAGUUUCUAAACAGUGAAGAAAUUUAGUAAAUAAUACUCAUAUAAAUGAAAAGCGAGAGUAUACCUCUCAAUUUGCCAUCCCCCAAAGUGCCUAACUCAUUGUGCAUUUAAGACAUUAUUUAGGAAACCUGUUGGAUUUGUAUGUUAUGCAAAAAAAAAAAAAAAAUCCACAGGUACCAUUCUAUAAGAGAGAACCCUGGAAGAGAUGUACUUUUUGUGGAUCUUCCGUGGGGUCUCAGAUAUAUCCUGAUCCAGUGAUUUUGAUAGUUUCUUAUUGUGAUACUUAUCUGACAAAGAAAUUGGUUUCUAAUAGUGGGAUUUCAGAAAAAAAAAAUAUAUAUAUAUAUAUAUUUCCUGUCAUGUUUCAGCCCAUUGGUCAAGAUAUUAUUUAGUGUAUUUCAGAAUGCACUGACUUCAAAGACAAUUUCCCAGUAUCUUCAGAGAAACCUGACAUGCCAUGAAAAAACAAAUCAUUGUCCCAUCCUUAGUCAUAUCUAAUUUAUAGAUUCCAUUAAACAUUAACAAAAAUUGGGGAUAUGCUUAGGAAAAUUCUAUUUAGAACAAAUAGCCCAAUGAGAAAAAAAAUUAAAAUAUCUUUUAAAAGAGUACAUACAUUUCACCCUUAGAAUUGUAUAGAACUUAAUCUUUACCUCCCAUCAUAUUAGGUAUUAAGAUCAAGGCCAAAGUUUGCUAGAGAUUGAUCAGCUAUUGAAGUAAAAUGUGAUCUUAUAUUAAAAGAUAAUAUUAGUAAAAUGACUGCCAUAGUUUACUGAGAUAAAAACUUAGAGCUACCAGAGGUGAUGACCUAAAUCUAGUGCCACCUGACUAUUUAUAAUUGCAUUUAUUCUUAGGAACUUUUUCCUUUUAAAAAUCUUAUACAGAACAACUUGUUUUGAGAACAUCUUUAAACUGUACAUAAGUUUGGUGCGCUAGUGUGUACUUCUUUUGUUUACUACUUUCUUACCUUUCAAAAUCAAAUGUUGAUUUUAAAUUGAAACAGUAUAGAAAGCAUGAAAUAUAUUUGCCUUAUUUCUGAAUAAAUAUGCAGGAAAUACAGAUGUGUUAACAUUGGUUACAUUGUUCUUUUGCAGAAAUGUAAUCAGCCUUCAGUAGGAAAAAAAGUGGGAUAUUAAAAAGAAAAUUCAAAGACAUUUGAUGGUGUUAUUAAGUACAUAGUGAACAAUCGAGCACAUUUCAAGAUUUUAUUUAAGUGCCACAUGUUAACUAUUCAUUAAUAGGCCAUAAAUUUUCACUUCAUAUAGUGUGAUGCUACACAAAGGUUGGUUGUAACUUAAAUAAUAAACCUGGAACAAUCAUUAAAAGUAGCUAGGGAAAUAGUUGAAUAUGUAUGUGUAGUUGGACAUUUGUAUUUAUGUGGUCAGUUAUAACUGCAAAAUUUAAAAUGUGGCAUACAUAUCACAGUCGUACACCAUUAAAAGUACCAUUUUGUUUUUUUACUUGCUAUUUGUGAGUUUGCAGUAUUUUCUGGAAUCUUGAGUACUCUAAAAUUUCUUGUUUAUAAAAUGUAUAAAUUGCUACAUUGAGUGUAUUUGAGAAUUUCACUUUCAAGUGGUAAAAUUGUCAUUUUGUCUUCAUUCAUAUGAAUUAAGCCAAGGAGGAAAUAACAUUAACAUGUACUUUACAUUAUAUAUGCAGUGAUAGAUUUUCCAUCCUUUCACAUCAGAAAUUGGAUUUGUUUUAGGCAUAAGUAUAUCCAUUGCUGGCAAUGGAUGUACUCUGACUUAUGGUAUCAACCUCACAAAGUCAACAGAAGCAAGAGAAGUAAUGAGAUGUUUGCAAACAUACAUACUUCUGUGAUGUAUAAAUAUAUAUAUGUAUGCAUAUAUAUACACACACAUAUCCUUGCUCUAGAUCUAUGCAUAUGAAAUUAAGUAUAAUUGGGUUUUUUGUAUGAUUUCCAGUACAAUUCUUAUUUAUAUUUUGUUUCUCAAAACUGUACAUAUUUUUGAUAAAUUAUUUUAAAUCCUACUAAAAAAAUUCAAAUCACCCUAAUCAGGUGAGAUAUUUGAGAGGAUGAGUUGUCAUUUAAGUAUAUGGCAUGGGGGUGGGUCUUAAGAUUCUAUGCCUUUCUCGUGGUGUUAACUGAAGAGCAAGAGACACAGACUUCCUUAUUACUAAGGACAGAUGCUAGAAACAUAAUGUUGUAUCUACACAAUGAAGUGGGAAAAAAAGGCAAUAUGAUUUGAUGAUUUUCCAUUCUGCAGACUGACUGCUGGCUCAUUGGGUAUUUUAUAUUUUCCACCAUUUGUUUUGGAGUCACCAAACACAGAUCCUCUUUUUCUUCAUUUUGGUUUAAAAUGUAGGGUCUCAACAUUCUUUACCAUUGGUUCCUUUCUCUAUCAUGCAUUUUAUACAUGUUGUACAGUUUCUAUGUAUUAUGUUCCUUCCCCCACAGCAAUGCAAAGGAUCUUACUAUUACUUCAUCUUACGGUGAACAAAAUGGACCUAUUAUAAAAAGAAUUUUUGAAGCAGAUUCAAAAUGUCUUUAUUUUUUAGAGUAUUCACCCAUUCAAGAAUUGAUUAAGCACCUAGACUUAAUAGGUUCCUCCUCCUGUGUGCCAGGCCUCAUGCCUAGACACCCAGAGUACAAAAGUCAAAACCAAAACAGGCUUUGCCCUCAAGGAGCAGACAUAUUAUUGAGGGUUGGUCAUUUCUAUUUAUUUUCAACCAAGCAUAAGUUUCUAGAAUAAAACUAGCAUUGUACAUACAAUGAAAACUAAUGGGAAAUUUGUUCAUGGAAAACAGACUUUCAAAACACCAUGACCUCAGCAAGUAACUUACUGAGCAUUAACUAACUUGAUCAUCCUCUGCAAAACAUCACUGAGUGAAAAGUUAGGCACUAAACUCAUGGUUAAUGGAAAAACCAGGAUUUGAAGACUUAAAGGGCAGUAAAAGAUAUGACUACCAUUCAGAUCCAUUGUUUUGUGGUCCUGAAGAAUGGUAAUGCAGAGUUUCCAUAUGCUAGAGGAUAAUUUUUCUUCUUAACAACAAAAACUGUAAUAUGAUUCUGUUUUUUUUUUGUCCUUUCACAUAUAGACUUUCCAUACUCUACGCUUUUCUAUGGCAAACCUGACUACUUUAUGAACAAUAGGUAAUAAUACUUGCCACAGGUUUGUGCACUUCAUAACUAGUUUGAAAGGAGAAAUAGGCAAGGUCAUUUUAGGCUCAUUAAUGUUGUUGGUUGCUAGUACUCAAUCGUAUGUAAAAGUACGGUCCAAAGUCAUGUCAAUUCAUUGCACAAUAAAAAUCACUGUGAUUUGUAUAUAAACCCUAGUGAAAUGUUACUUUUGUUUAAUUUAUAUAAUGCCUGUUGAUUUCUGGAUUUGUUUAAAUAAACCUUUGUAUCUUUUAAAAUGUCUAAA